AGAAACAGUGGGCUGACUCAAGAGAUCUUACCGGUGACGCCAUGCUCGUUGAGACACGCCCCCUCGGAUCGUUCUACGUUCAACUUCAUUUGGUUCAAUAGACACUGUGGUCCUGAACGGGAAGUUCAGUCCAACGCCAGGCACACAACUGCUCGCGUUGACCAAAUCUACUAGUAUAACUUUGUCGUCCAUCCCGAGUCUCAUUCAGGGCUCUUCUGUAAUGAUAACCGCUAACGAAUCACAAAUGCAUCUAAUCCCGAGUUCAAAUUCAUCGCAGCUCGGCUUUGGACUAACCUUACACAUCAACAGCCAGUGGACAUUCCACAAUGUCAUUCUUCCAAAGGCAAUUCUCAUUUGGAGGCCAGACAUUGUGUGUCGAACCCAUCUCCCAUAUUGGCUAUUGAACACUCCCGAAUGUCCACAACUGCAUUGGUCCACAGGCCAUUCCCAUUAUGAGUGUUCUGCUACAGUAAAACAUGCAGGAUUCGAUGGCUAUAAAACCCUUGUAUAUGGCGACGGCUGUAAGUCACUGAUCACUCAGAAUGAACCCUCUCAUAUUCACCAACGCUUUUGCAUCGGUCCAUAUUGGUGUCAAUGUUUUUGUGGCAAAUCGACGGUGAAAGAUCACGAAUUCUGCUUUUGCUCCCCUGCCUGUGCUCGCGCGGAUUCCUUCCGUGCUCUAGGUGGCCAAAGUGAUUACCACUAUCGCAACGUCAUACGGAAGGCAUAUAUAUAUGCCAACUUGGCUGCUCCAGAGCAUGCGCUCUUGAGGCACAAGUCGGAGCACCAGCUGUGUAGUGUUUCGAUCAGGCGUAUUUCCAUGUAGCAGCAGGCCCCCACAUUCCCCCAACCCAACGAAGCCCCUCCCCACACCGGAAAAAGUCACGACUACCAUUUUUAUAGAAGGCAGAUAUGAAUGCAGACACUUCUAUUCAUGGCCCCCGGCAACCCCUCGAGCCACGGAACGAAUCCGUUGAUGUACAACGGUCUCCGCCUCAGUGGACCCUCGAGCGCUCCUUGCCCUCUAAAUCAGGGCUUAACAAGGGCAUUCGUGGUUCUAUCUUUGCGAUCCUCCGCAAAAAGCGUCAGCAAACUGGCCCACCGAGAGCGAAAAUUCGAAGGAUCGGUAACUGGAGCCAUAUUACAAGAAAUGGAGGAGA